AUGGAGAGGUCACCAUUAUUGUCGCCACUCCAGACGGCUUCGAGUCAGCUAAAGUCAUCUCGCAUUCACUCGACAGUCAGCUCACCAGGAGGUAUCCAGCACCUGCGUUCGUCCUCACGGUCACCUCCACCACCAACAAAGCCCAGGUCUGAGAGUCACGACCGGUCAUACUCAGGCCAAAGGAGGAGACCCCCAAGGAGUGGCCCAAUGGCUCCCUCCAGCAGGAACGGACCCGACAGCUCACCACCUUCAGACAUGGGCUUUCAGGAGUCUCCUCGUGUAAAGUAUCCAGAGAGGUUCAACAAUCCGAGGGAUAUCCGGUUCCGGUCGUCGGACAGUCUAAAAGGCAUUGCGAUCGGGAACGACCACACAGGACAGGCAUCUCCAUCGUCGUCAAUAUCAAUAUCAAGGCAUUUUGGAUCAAGUUCAGCACCCAACACAUCGACCCUUUCUCACUCUCGCGAUUUCAGCCCGACGUCCAGUUUCAAAGGAACCUUUAAUGAACCCAAUAACCACAGCGGCCGCUCUAUGGAAUACUUUUCAGGCUCCAACACUUCUGGGAUGGGUCCAAACAUUGGUCUCGGAUUGGGUCCUGCCCGUUACAUGGACCGUGAGGACUGGAGGGGCCGACCUAAUCAAUUCCCCAGAGAGUUUGAGAGGGACCGGGAGUUUAGGAAUAGAGACGGUCGCCAGGACGUUCGACAAGAUAUUCGCGACCUCCGAGAACUUCGGCCGCCACGGGAUCCACGGGACUCCCGAGAUCCACGAGAUACGAGGGAUAUGAGAGAUAUUCGAGAUGGAAACCCACGGGAGCGCGAUUCUGGGUUUGGACGAGAUGCGGAUCCUAGGGACCGGGAUGUCCGAGACCGAGACCUUCGGGAUAUCGGUAUCAGCACGCGUGAUCUGCGCGAGCGUGACAACCGCGAGCGAGAUAUUCGGGAUCGUGGACCCUGGGGCCUUGACGCAAUGGGGCGCGACCGAGACUCUACCUCGUCUAGAGAGGGACCUGAGCAGGAUAUCCGUGAGAUGGUUGAGCGCGAACGGGAGCGUGAGCAUGAGCGCGAGCGAGACAGGAAUCGUGAGCGACCCAUUUGGCUUCGUGAGACCGACAAGGAUCAUAAACCAUCACUGCCGACACGGCCAGCUUCAUUUGAGCAGUCUGGGCGGGAGCGGGAUCGAGAGCGAGCUUCCAACUCACGUGCCAUAGCUGUCCAGGCUCUGGAUCGGGAACUGAAUGCUUACAAUGCUGACAAGGCUCGCCACACACCUGUCAAGUCAGAGGAGCCGUCCAAUGGUACAGACCGCCUACCCACAAAACCAGCAACCCCCUCCGGCCCCAAUCACAAUAGCAAUAUCAAUAACAACAAACGGGACUCGAGGCAACAAGGUGGGGAUGACUCUUAUGACCGAGAUCGUCCAAGGGAGCAUGAGCGGCUUCAUUCGCGCGACGAGGAUAGGGACGACAUAGGCCGUGAGAAGAUGAGAGACUGGGAUAUCCAGCGAGAGAGGGAACGUAGCUUUAACUUUCGAUCUGACGGAGCCGGCCUUCGGUCAGAGAACGAUCUGCGUCAAGACCGCGGAAACUCGAGAAGGCAGAGGAUUCUCAGCGCGCCAAUGUCGGACGAGGCGGCCUACAACGAUAUGGGUCACCAGCGGGAUCAUCACGCCAACAAUAACAUCAGCGGUAGCUAUCCCAACUCCCCAGCAGUCUCAAUGGGCGGUCCUUUCGACAGAUACAAGAGGAACGACCGGCCUGAGCGUCGCUAUCGCGACAACUUGGAUCGAGGAAGCAGAGGCGACGUGGGACCGAUGGAUGAUAGGCGCUCGUCUUAUAUUUCCCAGGAUGAGACCAUGACCGUGAAAUCCGAACAGGAUGAUAGUCUCCACUCACAGCUCUCAUACUCUCGUCCCAAGAUGUCGGAUCCCAGUGACACUGUCGCCGCUGCCGUCCACCAUGUGAAGAGGGAUGAGCGAACUCCUGAGCGCCGCUCACUCGAACUCCCUCACAGCAAUUCCGACCGCUCCGAGGACACGUCGACUGUAGCUCUAGGUAACGUCAACGAUUUUGACCCCCGCAACCAACCGGACAAGGCCAAGGAUGAGGAGGAAGGUACUAUGCCUCACGACGCCCCACCGCCCGCUGACCCUUCUCAGGACAUGGCGGCGACCUCGGAGACAAAGACCGAAGAUGGCGCUGACAGUGCAGCCCAUGUCUCUACCGAAGUGGCGACAAAGGAUUCGACUGACGCCAAACUUGCUGGGAGCCCAACUGCGAGCUCACUACCUUCCCCAGGACUGUCGCCCGUCUAUGUCUCGGGAGAUGCCAAGGUUCCCAAGCAGGCUACUGAGUUUGAGAACCAUGCCGACAUUUUGAUCGAGAUUGACAGGAUUGACGGGAAGAUCCAACGCUACGAGGAGCUCCUUCAGCGGCACCGAGAUAGCAAGAAGCCAUCAGUGGUGGAGGAUAUCGAUAUUCCAGACGAGAUGACACCUAUUGUCGAAGAGGAGCAGCCUCUUGUUCUACCUGAACCCGGUCCGCCAGCAGUCGACGCAGAAAUGGACAUCGAUGCCCCUGUCACGACCGAGCCUGCCAAGGACGUUAUGGAGGAGGAAAAAGGUGCUGUCAAGGAAGAUGUCGAGACGCAUGUCCAGAAGAUUGAGUCCGUCACGGAGGAGAUCGAGGCAGUCAUGGAUGUACUCAGCCCAGCUAGUCUUGUGCCAGACAAGGACAAGGUCGAUUUCAAGCUGGAAUUGAUUGACAGCGAGGACGUCGACAUGGCUGUCGAGAGCUCUGAGGCAGGAGAUGACCGGUGUGCCGCUGUUGUUCGGCCUUUCACCUCACAGGACUUUCACCAAGCGGUCGAUGAGGAUGACCCGUUUCUCAAGCGGAAGGAGCAGCAGAAGCGGCGGCCGCAGCUGUUUAAUCAAAUUUACGCCGAGAACAACACCCGCGCGAAGAAGUAUGGUCGCGUCCAUUCCGCCGUUGGACCCUCUCACCAACACGACAACUCUCAGCACCACCACCACGACAAGCUCCAGGUCUACGAAUCAGUCGAGGAUUAUCCGUUCUACCAGGACAACAUUGACAGCCACGAACGUCUGCGGACUGCGUUGCUCAGGAACAUGUCUGCCAAGGCCUCCGCAUUGGACGAGAAGGAGCUUCAGCUGAAGCGAGAUUACAAACAGUACUGGGAGAUUUGGGACAAGAAGGUGCAGAAGCUAGACAAGUUGAGGGAGAAGCAGCUCCAGACUCCUGCCGCUGCCAACAUUCGGGAUGAGGACCAGGUCGUGGGCGAAAACACGUUGUUCACACCUAGGAACCGACGCGGAGCUCACAACGGCGAUGCUGUCAGGAGUGAAGCCGAGCUCAUGGAGAUCAUUCAGAGUCUGGAGAACGCCGACAUGAGGAACCCAGAUGUUCGCGCUUCGAGAACCGCCGCAACUGUGCCGCCCAUGAUCCUGGACCCCGUCGUCCGCGACAAGAUCCGCUACAUCGACCGCAACCAUCUUGUCCCCGAUCCGGCUACCUACUACCGACUCGGCCCUGUCACGGAUACGUGGACGGAGGAAGAACGCCAGAUCUUUACCAAGCGCUAUCUCAUCUACCCCAAGCAGUUUGGCAAGAUUGCAGCUGGACUCGAGGAGAAGACGGCUUCGCAGUGUGUUCUCUUUUACUACCGUGAGAAGAAGAAGAUUGGCUUCAAGGAACUCCUUUCAAACCGCGGUCGGAAGCGCAAGCCUGCUGCAGGAAAGCGCAAGGAGAAAGCUGCCCAAUCAUCACCCGCUGGACAGCCUGGCAAGAAACACAAGGGCAGUGCUCUGAUUGAGGAUAUCGGUCAAGCCAACAGGACCAAGCUGGCCAAGUCGAAGGAGCUGCGUGAGCUUCAGGAUCUCAGCCAGUCAUGGAGAGACGAUAUCGAACCAGGACCCCGCCGUCGUGUUCGGAGCAAUGCCGCAAGUCAACAGGGUGGAACCCCGGGUCUGGAGGAAAGUCACAGCAACACUGCUAGCCCAGGACCAUCGUCGACCGUCUCGACACCUGCCCUUUCCGCACCGGAGCGUAGGAAGGCGAAAUCUAGAACCAAUCAGACUCGCGCUGCUGCUGCUGCGGCGGCGGCGGCGGCAGCAGCGGCAGCAGCUUCAGAGGCUAAGGCACUGGAGGAAGUAGUCGUCGAGGAGAAGAAGUCCAAGUCGGAGAAAGCCAAGGCAGCAACAGCAGCAGCAGCAGCAGCGGCGGCGGCGGCGGCAGCUGAGGUGGCAGCUGAGGCAGCAGUUGAGGCGGCAGUUGAGGCGGCAGUUGAGGCAACAGCCGACGACGACAAGGAUUCCAUGACCGUGGUUGAUACCAUGGAUACUGGCGACUCUUUGGUCGAGGAUCCUUCGAGCGAGAGCAGAGAACCGGACAAUGCAGGAUCUCAGACCUUGGAGCAAGGCGAGGACAAUGUUACCACCCCUGUCGGAUCCGGCAACGCCCCUGCAACUGUACCCUCAGGACGAUGGACUACAGCAGAGCACCACAAGUGCAUUGCAGCCCUCAAGAAAUAUGGACGUGACUUUGAGGCGGUGGCGAACGCUGUUGGGACCAAGACAGUCGACCAGUGCAAAAACUUUUGCUUCAACUACAAGCGCAAGUUUGGAGUUAGUGUUUUAGAGGACGCCAACAACCUCGACAAUGGGACGUUGCUCGAGGACGGUGAUGACAAGGAUGUGCCUGUGGCUGCGCCUGAGAAGACCAAGGGCAAGAAGGGUCGUGGCGGCAACACUGCGAGUGCUUCAGCUCCGGGAACGCCCAACAGUUUAGCAGGCACGACUAAGGAAACUAGCUCGACUGGAAGCUCUCGUCGUAGAGGAGGCAAGGCGACGCCCGCUGCCGCUCAGGAACCCGUGAAGGACGAUCUACCCAGCACCCCUACGGCACAAACCGCCGCGCCAGUCAACACUGCAGAGAGCGUGGAGGAUUCCGAGACGGGAAGCAACAAACGGAGACGGAAGCGAGUUGUGUCCAAGAACGAGGCUGCUCAGAACGAAGCAGCGUCAGCCCAGGCUGCAACAUCGUUCCGUGCCUUGUAUUCGCGUGACCCACCAUCGUCUCCUGGAUCGCCAUCGAUAUCUGGCACUCAGUCGGAGGAUGGUCAGGCGACGAAUGCCGAUGGAUCUUCCCGCCGCGCCAACUAUUCGUCGUAUUGGUCAAGUCAGGAGAAGAUUGAUUUUGUGCGUCUGCUGAGCCUCCAUGGAAAGGACUGGGACAAGAUUGCCAAGGCUAUGAAGACGAAGUCUCUCAUCCAGGUCCGGAAUCACUUCAGCACUAAUGCCGACAAGUUCGCUGCCGACGGCAUUAUUCCUCCAGACCGCGUGGCAGUUUCGCCCUUGCCACCCAACAAGGAAGAGCAAUUUGCAGACGGGGACUACGAUUAUCAGCACCAGAGAGACCAGACCCCGAACGAGCAAGUACGGCAUACUUUUGACUAUGGCGCACCAGGCGACGACUCGCACCACCCUCAGCAACCACUCCCAGGAGGGCCUGUACCCGGGUACUUCAUGCCAUCUGCCACGCAUGAGUCCAAGCCCGAACUGGUCCAUCGCGAGGAACUGCGCCCUGCUUCGCCUCCACGACGAGUCACGAACAUUGGCAAUCUGCUCAACAAUGACGAUGAGGAUGUCAACAUUGCUCCAGAGGAUUGGUUCGGGAACAGCGAAGAAGGCAGUGCCGCUCAGUCCCAGGAGCACUUCUUGGAGGCGGAGGUACCUGAACGACAGGAUCCCCGUCGAAACUACCCACAAGAACCAUAUGUUGACGGUCGAGGCGGGCGGCGUGAGGAGGAGGAUGUUGAGACUGAGGACGAGUACGACUCGACUCAUCGUGGCCAAGGAAUGUACGCCGACAACCAUGUCCCCAGCAGGGAUCAACGACGCGCAUCCGAGGCCAACCUUGUCGCGUCCCGUUCAGGAUACCCACCAGUCGGAUCAGGCUACUAUGGCCACAGCCAUCCUUCUCAACUUGCUCCUCCCCCACAGCAGCAGCAUCACCAUUCGUCGAAUUCAGGAGUGCUAGGAUCUCCAUAUGGUGCCCAACCAUAUUACAGCUCUUCAUCACCGUCCCACCUCGGCGGUGGAUACAGAUCUCCUCCUCCACCCUCCACAGGCUACCCAUCGGGUGUGAGCGGGCAUGGUAUGCAAAGGUUGUCGUCCCCAUCAGGAUCUCUUCCCCCAGCACCAUCCUCGGCCGUUAUUUCGCCCUCGCACUAUCCUGCAUCGUCGAUGUCGAUUUCACAACAUCAACGCUCGAGCAGUGUCAGCCUUCUGGAGAUGGCCCCUCGAUCCCAGCUUUCACCUCGAAUGGACUCGCGUUCAAGAUCACCCAUGCCUCAACAGGGUUCAUACUAUGGUCAGCCACCGCAUGGUCCGUCUUCCCGUCAUGGAUAUGGACACGGACAUGCGCCUUACCCUCCUCCCCAGCACCACUUGCAACAACGACACAGCAGCCAGAUGGAGGUGCUGUCACCUCAUCCUCGCACAAUCAACGAGCCACCAAUGAUUCUGCAACAUUCGUCGUCUAUGCGACUGAGCCCUGUUCAUGGUCACAGUCAGAGCCAUGUUGGACCUGGACCAAGGUACAGCAGCUCUCCUCAGUUGCCUGGCUCAGGACCCAUGCGAGGCUCUCCUGGACCGGCAGGGUUGUCGAACGGAGCAAGCUCCCCUGCUCAUUUGGGCCAUGGUGGUCAUCUGGCUUCACGUUACUCGCCUAUUCCAAUGUCAUCGUCAUCGACUCCUGGGUUGCCCAGUCUUGUUGGCAUUGGAUCGUCGCCUAGGAUGUCGGAACCACCCAUGCAACAUCAUCAUCACCAUCCUCAACACCCGUCCCAGCACCACGUGAGGAGAUCUUCGAGCCCCUUCCAGCAUCAUGUGCCUGGUCAGGUUGCUUCGCCCUCGUACAUCCAGCCGAUGUCGGGCAUGCACCCAUCGUCAAGCUCUAAGCACAUGCCUUCUUCAUCGUCGUCGUUUGCGUACUCUUCGGCUUCGUCGUCAUCUUUGCUCCCGCCACCUCUACAACCUUCAUCGUCGUCUUCGUCUUCCAUAGGCCCGUCUAGCUAUCAUUUAGGAGGUCAUCCACACCAACAACAACAGCAGCAGUCUUCUUCAUAUGGUCAUGCUCAACACUCACAGCAGCAGCAUCCCUAUGGACACCCUCCUCCACCCCAUCACCACCACACCGCACACCAACAACAACAACAACAACAACAACAACAACAGCAAUCAAGUCGCCAUCAUCAUCCUCAAUAA